AUUCUUUUUUCUGCUCGUGAUUGAAUAACGAAUGCCUUGAUCAUCGGACGAUGGUGAAUGCCACUCGGGCUGCCAUCAUCGUAUCGUUCAACGAGCAGUUCACGUGCUUCAAUUGCUUCGAAGGAUGAUGAACGUGAUUGUGGAACGACAGUUUGAUGAAACGAAUCAGAUUAGUCUGUUUUAUUCUAUGGACGAUCGUGGGAAAGAAAUCCCGGGUGGAAUUAGAGGGUUGCAGGUGGAACGAGAAGAUCAAACGAUGGAAUCGAAAAGGAUGGUAUUGGACCCCAAGGUCACGAGUCUGCAUAGUGAUUACGGAAGCUUCGAUCGACCAUUGGGCGCCGGAGAGGGCCACGAGAGGGACGUCGAGGCGGCGGUUGAUGGAAGUAGCAACGGUAUGGCACAGUCGAGCGACGUUUAUCAACGGCAGCCGUUAUUACCUGGUGCACCGACCAAGGGCAAGGAUAAGUGGUCCGGCGUGGCAUCCGGCUCCGACUAUUACGUGGACGACGAAGACGAGAAGAUCGACAGUCUUGGCCGGCACCCUGGCAUACCAAAUGGCUCCGGGAACGGUGUCGUUAAACUCGACAUACCUGCACCACUUCGAGAAGAACCUCGUUUUCCUAAAGAGAAAUGGAAAACGUUCCUUGCAUUUCUAUUCAUGGUCGUGAACUUCAUAUUAACCACCGCGUCCCUCGCAAUGGUGCACGAACGGGUUCCGGAUCGAAAUACAUACGGACCGCUCCCGGAUGUAGUGUUAGACAAUAUUGCCGCUCAGGAUUGGGCCCUUAACGUGUCGGAAGUUUUGAUUAUGAUAUUGUCCAAUUCAGCGAUGGUUUUUAUUAUUUUUCAUAAACAUAGGUUUAUCGUUGUUAGACGAAUAUUUCUCUUGAUGGGAUUGCUGUACUUGAUGAGAAGUAUCACGAUGUACGUGACAGUACUGCCUGUUGCCAGUAAAACGUAUUACUGCAGCCCAAAAGCAAACAAUACCAGUCCUUUACUCGUUACAAAAAGGGUUUUGCAACUCAUUUCUGGCUUUGGCUUGUCUAUAAACGGCAAGCAUACUUAUUGUGGAGAUUACAUUUACAGCGGUCAUACAGUCGUGCUUGUACUUAGUUACCUGAUUAUCAAAGAAUAUUCUCCGAGAAGAUGUCAACCAAUACAUUGGCUAGCGGGCAUUAUUGUUCUUAUUGGGGUAAUUAUGGUCUUGGUAGCUCAUGGACAUUAUACCGUAGAUGUCUUUAUAGCAUACUAUGUAACUACACGCUUAUGGUAUAUCUAUCAUACGUUAGCUAAUAAUUCACAUCUUAAGCAAUACGAACCAAACAACUUUUUGGCCCGACUCUGGUGGUUUCCUAUCUUUAAAUAUUUUGAGAAAAACGUGGGCGGCACGGUGCCACGACAAUACGACUGGCCUUUACCCUGGCCUCGACGAUUCCUUGCCAAGCACCCUAAUCGGGACAGUUAAUGUCUGUCUCUGAUUUCAUGAUAGAGGCUGUCAAACAACGGAGUUACUUUGUUGUAAUUUAUGUAUAUAUAUAUAUAAAUAUAUAUGUAUACGUACCUAGGCAUAUAAAAAUGUGAAGAUAAAGCUUUACUAGAAAGUGGUGCGAGAGAUCUGUGUGCAAGUUUUCGUCAUUAUUGAUGAGUAAAUUCAAUUUCGAGAUGUAAACUUGCGGUGUUCACUUCUUUAAGAAAGAAAGGAAAAGAAAAGAAAAGAAAAAGACAAAUAUAACAACUAUGAUGAAAACUAUGAUAAAAAACAUGAACGAUAGUGAAAACAAAUGCUUGUACCGUCAUGUUCGUUAUCGUCCAAUCGCGAAACCUAUUUUUUUCUUGAUUUUGAUACGACUUAUACAUACAAUGUAAGAGGCUAGAUAAAUGAUAGAUCGAGAUAUUUAGUCUCACGAUGAAUUCAUGUAGAGAUGGAGGUAUUCGAAAGUUACCAACAAAGUAGUGUAUAAAAUAAAAUGCUAGAUAUCUCUAUUUUCAGAUACUCCAAAUGUGAAAUACUUAGAUGUAAAAAAAGAAAAAAAAAAAAAAAAGAAAAAAAAAAAAAAAAAGAAAAAAAAAAAAAGAAAGGAAUUAUGCUACCGUACCGUAAUUCGGUUAAGUGUAGUAAUGCAAAAACUGUCUUGUUGAACGUAGCAUUAACAAGCAAGAGGCGAAUUUUUUUGUAAUCUUUUUCAUUUGAACAACGAUACGUAUUGGAAAAUUAAAAAAUGAAAAAAAGAAAAAGAAAAAAAAAAGAAAAAGGGUGUUGCUUCGAUAAAAAUAAGGUAAAAAAUAAAAAAAAUAGUGAAUUUUUGAUUGCCGCGAGACUUUCCUCUGAUUAAUCUAUUCGAAAUACGUUCUAAUCUUUCAACUUCCAAAUAACCAAAACGAUGUUCUUUAUAUUUACUACACGGCGGUAUGCCUUAUUCCGAUGAAAGUCAAUCGAAUCGCAAUUUUCGAAUUGUUAAAUCGGUCAAUUAUUGUUCGUUUUCUACUUUAUAAUUUUUCAUGUCAAUUUUCCCUCGAAAUUGGAGCCUUUUUUUUAAAUGAAUAUUUUUUAUCGCAGAAGCAGUUAGUGAAAGAUUGGCAUAGUUUUAAAAUUCAACCGAUGAUCGUGCAAUUUCGUGGGACCAAAUACAAAGAGUAGUCGGAAAAUGUACUACUUUUCGAGUAGCGAUCGUGAGUAAUUUUUUUCGUGAUGACAAUAGAAUACUCGUAUAGCCAUAUAUUAAAAAGCUCUCAAAUGUUCAGGUUUUUGCUCUAUUUUUUAGAUCAUGAUUUUAAGCGUCUUUAUUGGCGCUUUGGCAUCGCAAUGUGUUCUCUUCGAUUGAUGAAAUUUAUCUGCGAUCACACGAUUGAGAAACCAAGUGUAUUACGUGUGCAUGUUAAUGAAAUUCGUAAUUCCUCGGAAUAAGGUCGUCUUUAUAAUCUACACAUACCAGAUGUUGUCACGUACGCGUGAAUGAUAUUAAAUCAUUUAAAAAAAAAAACUCGUGUUGAUGCUAAUAAAACCUCAGAAGAAAUCUUAUAAAAUAAAAUCUUUCAAAGAAUGUUCUCUAAUAGUUCAUUUUUUGCACGAUUUUAUUUUGUUCUUCUAUCAUCUUGUAAAUUCGUAUUAGUAAUUCCUUAUAUGAUUGUUGCUCCGAUCUAAUCGUCAGAGCAAUUUUUAAUUUCAUUAUAAUAUUUCUUCAAGGUAAAUAGCACAAAAUCAUAGAAUCUCUAUAAUGAAAAGAUGUAAAGGAAAAAUGUUUUAUAUAAAUUCUCAAUUAUUCAAAAGAGAUUGAGAAAUAAUUGAAAGAUAAAAGAAAAAAAAAUUGGAAAUUAUUUUUUGUUGCGAUAGAAAGCGUUAAGCUUACAAAGUCUGUGAAUAGUUUAAGUAACAUUGCCGGCGAUUUGUUGUCUUAUGCACAUACGAUUUAUUGUUAAUACUCCUCGUGUAUAAUCCUCGUUAUUCGUUAUACGAGAUGUCUACAUUCAAAUAAUGCAUGUUCGUUUUGGAGUGGAUGCAAAUAUAAAUACGGUCGAUGAUCCUAUUUUAAAUAUCUUUUUUUUUUCGACAUGCGCGCGGUCGAACGAAUUUGACGACGCAAGAAGAAAAAAAAGAGACAUUCGCGACCAAGCGAAGAAAGAAUGGUCGCAGUGGGAUAAAUUGAAUGAAAUUUGUUGGCUCUUAUUACUACGUGUAAUUAAGUCUCUUUCCGUCUGUGAUGAUAAUGAAAAAAAAAAAAAAAAAAAAAA